CCCUGGAGAAGCCAAGAUGCCAUCGAAGGGAAAGGACGAAAAGAAAGGGAAGGGUAAAGGUAAAGGCAAAGACAAAGGCGAAGACAAGAAGAAGAACCUGAUCGAUCUCAGCUAUGUGGUUGAGAUGAUCGUGGACAUCCAAAGGAUCUCUGGAUGAUUGAAGUAGUUCCUUGGGCUUUUUUCAAGGAUUCCUUUUGGUUCAAAGGAAAACAUAAAGGAUUUGACCAAUUCAGGAAGAUGAUAAAAGUUGAGGAAUCUGCCAUGGAGAGAGCCAAGGCCAAUGCCUCCCUUUGGGAGGCCAGGCUGGAAGUCACAGAACUCUCUAGGAUUGAGUAUCGUGAUACUUCCCGGAGACUGGCAAAAUAUAAUGAAGAAUUAAAGAAACAGCAGUAUAGAAUGGAGAAAGACACAGUGUCUGUAUUGAACUACCUGAAGAAACAGGAUCAGGAGAAGGAUAAUCUGAUUGAAAAACUGAAACAGCAAUUGAAUGAAACUAAGGGAAAAGCCCAAGAAGAGAAGGAAAAAUUGGAACAAAAAUAUACUGUGCAAAUAAGUGAGCUGGAGGGACAGUUCCGUCAAAAAGCCAGAGAAAUUGGCAUGAUUCAGACAGAGCUCAAAACAAUAAAACAAUUCCAGAAGAGAAAAAUCCAAGUAGAGAAAGAAUUAGAUGAUCUGAAGGAGAACUUAAGGAACAUAGAGCAGAAACAUCAGGAGACUCUUAGGAGAUUGGAAGGCAGGUUUUUGGAAGAAAAGUACCGACUAGAAAAAGAGGCUGAGAAGAAGAUAAUAAUGCUGGCAGACAGAGCCCACCAUGAAGCUGUUGUGCAAUUGAACAAUGCUGGAAGAGCUGUUUUUAAAGAGAAUAUUUAUCUCCAGAAAGCUCUCGCAUACCACCUGAAGGAAGCUGAUGCUCUACAAAAAAACUCUCAGAAGUUGCAAGAGACUCAGACUUCCCUUUUACAGCAAAAGGUUCAUUUCGAUUUUGUUUCCUUUUUUGGUAAAGAUUGGGUUGGUGAAUACUAA